AUGGAAAACUCAAGUGAGAUUGUGUCCUUUGUGUUGGCUGCUUAUGGAAACAUUGGAGAGCUAAAAUACCUGUAUUUUAGCAUAAUACUGUUUUGGUACCUCUCUAUAUGUGUGGCCAACACACUUCUUAUUGUGGUCAUACAUGUGGACAGAAGGCUGCAUGAGCCAAUGUAUAUACUGCUUUGCAAUUUAUGUGUGAAUGAAAUAAAUGUCAGCACAUCUCUGUAUCCUCUUCUGCUCUCACAGAUGUUUUCAGACAGCCAUGAAGUGACCCUGCCGUGGUGUUUUCUGCAGAUGUGUUGUAUGUAUACAAGUGCUCCUGCUGAGUUUUGUAGUUUAGCAGCCAUGGCCUAUGACAGAUAUAUCGCCAUCUGUCAUCCUUUACACUAUGAUGUGAUUAUGAACACAGAGAGAGUGUUUGUGAUGAUUCUGCUUGUGUGGAUUUAUUCAUUUGUUAGUUUUAUUCUCUCAUUUUCAUUUAUCUUCAGUUUGAAGUUUUGUGCAAAUAUUAUUGACAGUGCAUUUUGUGACCACCAAUUAUUGAUUAAACUUUCAUGUUCAGUUUCAGUCCAUAGCAAUAUAUCAGAGAUAUUCUUUGCCAUUGUGAGUAUUUUCAUACCAUUCAGUCUCAUUUCAGUCUCUUACAUGAAGAUUUUGAAAGUGUGUCAACAAGCAUCAAAAGAAAACAAGCAGAAAGCCGUGACUACUUGCACACCUCAGAUCGUUUCUGUGUCAAACCUGUUUGUCGGCUGCAUUUUUUCUUUUAUUAAUUUCAGGUUGUUAGUUGCUCAUGUACCAGAUGAAGUCCGUGUAAUUUUACCUAUGUAUCUCGUCAUUUGUCAACCAAUGCUCACACCAUUUGUGUAUGGAUUUCAUUUGCCAAAGAUAAGGCAGUCAUGUAAAAGGUUUCUGUUUAACAGAUAUUUUUUGAAUAAAGUGUAA